UUCGUAUAAUAUUUAUAUUUUAAAGCAUUAUUAGUCGUCAACAGAGGAAUAUAAAGAUCUCAACAUUACUUUGAAUCAUAAGAAAAGAAAAAGAAGAAUAAAAAAAUUCUAACUGAAAUUUAUUUUCUAAAGUAAACCAGUAUCAUAGGAUAAAGAAAUAAAGAUUCAAACAUAUUUUUAACCAUUUCAAAUAGAGAAUCUAUUUAUCUUACGAUAUAAAUAUGAUACAUAAAGUGCCUGUUCCAGCUCGUUACGUAGUGGUAUUGUCUACAUUUUUUAUACAUGCAAUCUCCUACUGCCAAAGAUCUGCGCUGAGUAUCGCUAUUUUAGCAAUGGUUAAUCAUUCAGCCAUCCACGUGUAUAAUACAACGUCUUCAAAAAAAUGUCCAAAAGUCUAUCAAGAAAAUUCUACAUAUAUUUACAAAGAGGGAUCUUACGAAUGGACACAACCCACUCAAGGAAUAAUACUAGGAAGUUAUUUCUACGGUUGCGUGUUAGCUCAACUUGCAGGAGGAUCCAUUACAUUUUCACUUGGACCAAAGAAAAGUGUCAUAAUUUUUUCCUGUUUAUCGUCAAUACUGAUCAUUUUGACACCCUUUUGUGCAGAUGUCGGUGUGGCAGUUAUAUCAUUAUGUCAAGCCAUUGUCGGAUUAGCACAUGGACUUGUAUUUCAGGGAUCUUUUACACUAUUAGGAAGAUGGAUUCCAAAAAACGAAAAGUCCACAUCAUCAUCAAUUUCUUAUAGUGGUACUCAAGUCGGUACACUUGUUGGUUUAAUGACAACAGGAUAUCUUUGUGAACAUAAAGGAUGGUCUUCCAGUUUCUACUCUUUCGGCGUAUGUGGGAUUGUCCUUGCUUUAUGUGUUACGUUCACAAUUUAUGAUAGACCACAACAACAUCCCAGAAUAUCGGACAAAGAAUUGGCAUUUCUUAACGAAAGCAUACCAAACAUAUCUUCGAGAGAAACGAAGUUGAAUAUACCCUGGAAAAAAAUUUUAACAUCCAGAGCAGUAUGGAUAGUAGCUUUGACGAAAAUUUGUUGGGGUUUCGGUUAUAAUGUAAUAUCGACUAAAUUUCCAUCUUACUUACAUAUCAUUCAGCACUUCCCUAUCGAAAAGAAUGGAAUAAUGAGUGCAUUAGUGUAUUCUCUGGAUGCUAUAAUUAUGUUUACUUCUGGUUUUGUUGCUGAUUUCAUGAAGUCUCGUGACUAUUUAAGUAUAACUAAUAUCAGAAAACUUUGCGAAACAAUUGCUAUGUUUGGUCCGGCAGCAUGCAUCUUAGCAAUUUCAUUUCUAGACUGCGAAAGUACAAAAAUAAUUAUUUGUUUAUUUGUUGGAAUGGGAUGUUUCGGCUUUAAUAGUUCGGGAGAUGUUGCAAUAGUGCUUGAUUUAGCACCAGAAUUUGCAGGUGUCCUUUUCGGAUUAACACAUGGUUUACGUAACGCCGCAGGUAUACUAUCCCCUUACGUUGCUGGUGUUAUACUAGAUAUAAACGCAGAAGACAUGGUUUAUUGGAACUACGUAUUUUACAUGGCAUCUUUCACUUAUUUUGUGGGUGGUGUAAUAUUUAUAUUUGGAGCUACUGCAGAAGUUCAAUCUUGGGCUACCAUUAAUACAGACAACAGCAAACAAGAAAACAAUUAA